CCGUGUCGGGAUGGCAUCUCGCGGCGCUGAACGGCGGCUGGCUCGCGCGGCAGAGUCUGGUGACAUAAAAACCGUCGAAGCCCUUCUCGCCGACGACGUCGACCCCAGUCAUGGAGACCGCCACGGGAUAACACCACUGAUGAAAUCGUGUCACCAGGGGCAUAUUGAAUGCGUUCGUGCCUUGCUUGCACACGGCGCGCCGUGGAAUGAACUUGAUUUCGAAGGUCACUGCGCAGGCGAGUACGCAUCCGCGGGCGGACAGCAUGACCUCGUCGCCGCGCUUAUCGAGCACGCGGUUCAAGCUGAGCUCGUCCUCGGCGUCCUCGGUCGAGCAGAACGAGCGUCGAAAGUGCCCAACUUCUCGUACCUUUCCAAACCUGUGACGUAUGAUGGCGGUGAUAAGCUCCUCGAUACCAACCGUGACGCUGUGAUGAUGGACUGGGAGACGCCUCUCAUGAAACGACAUGCUGAGGCGAUUUGCGCUGGCGGAGGAGACGUGUUGAACGUCGGUUUUGGCAUGGGAAUAUUUGACAGGUGCGUUCGAGAGCACCCUGUUGUUUCGCACACAAUCAUAGAGGCGCAUCCGGACGUGCAUUCGUACUUGAUACGAGAAGGGUGGGGAUCACUUUCCAACGUGAGAGUCGAGUUUGGUCGUUGGCAGGAUGUCGUAGACGCGAUUAUUACUGAAAACGAUGCCUUACCUGGGGGUCGAACGAAUCCAGAUGCGCGUCUCUUUGAUGGUGUUUUUUUUGACACGUAUGGUGAGGAUUAUGAUGACUUACGAGACUUCCACGCCUUGUUACCCAAGAUAAUGCGUAAAGGUGGAGUGUACUCUUACUUCAACGGCAUGGCUCCAGACAACGGGUUCUUUCACAUCGUAUACUGUAGGUUGGCCGAGGCAGAGCUCGCGAGAAUAGGUUUCAAAACGCAGUUUGAAAAGAUGAGGAUAGAUUCAAGAAGUGAGUCGAUUUGGUGUGGGGUAGACAGGAGAUACUGGUGGGGGGAAACAUACUUGCUGCCCGUUUGUCGAUUGGUCGAUAGGCGGGAGGAAGAAUUUGGUGACCCUGAAGAUCGUUAACAUUCACACACACUCGCACU